AUGAAGAAUGACAAAAUAAAAUUAGUGAGUUUCGAGGGGGAUGAAUUCAUCGUCGAUAAAUACACUGCGUCCAUGUCGACGGUUAUACUUAACAUACUUGAAGUAAUGACGGCCGAGGAAGACACCAUACCACUACCUAACAUAAAAACACCGAUUCUAAAAAAAAUCAUCGAGUACAUGGAGUACCAUAUUAACAACCCCGCAGACGAAAUCCCCAAGCCCCUCAUCACCUCCAACCUGCAGGACGUCGUUUCAACGUGGGACUACGAUUUUGUAAAUACGGAUAAGGAAACCCUGUAUGAGUUGAUAGAGGCAUCCAACUACCUCGAUAUAAAGCCCCUUCUGGACUUAACCUGUGGAAAAAUUGCCUCCAUGAUGAAAGACAAAACGACGGAAGAAAUUCGAGCAGAAUUUGACAUCGUCAACGACUUCACGAGGGAAGAGGAGAAGCAGAUACGGGAAGAAAACAGAUGGUGCGGUGACAUCUGA